AGAAUGCUAAGAUAUAUAUAAAACUGGACAUAGUCAUUAUAAUUAAUUCCUUCCUCUGUACCUCGCGGAAAUGAGCCGUAAGAGGCCCCCGGACAACCCACUUGGGUCGGCCCUGUGAAACAGGGCCCUCUAUAUAGGCAAAGUUGCUACAUCUCUAUUUGGGAAGGAGCCGACGCCCUUUUGGCGGGCUGGCAGGCCCUUCCCAGCAUGGGCCAACUGCCCUCCCACCCCUCUUUGGGCAGCGACUGUUUGCAGCCUUCGAUAGCGGAGAUGCGGCAGGCGUGGAGACUGUCCUUGACGAGGUUGCCUCGGAACAGCGUCGUGCCACGCUUGUAAACAAUUUGGUUCACCAUGGCCGUUCGCUGCUGCAAAACGCGGCGGUUGUAGGGGACUAUGGGAUAUGCCAGGUGCUCCUUAAUGCCGGAGCAAUCCCGGACUUCGACCUCGACCGUCCUACACCCUCAUCCUCCUCUGUUUCAUCCGCCACCUCUCCCUCUGCAUCAAACCCCGUGGAUAAUGCCCUUGCCGACGGCGGCGGCGGCUCUCCCCUCCACGCCGCUGCUGCCGUGCUGGCCGCCUCGUCUUCCACCACCUCCAGCCGCAACAGCAGCAGCCUUACCCGGCAGCGCCUGGCUCGCACCAUCGGUGUGCUUCUAGACGCGGGUGCGGACCCCUGCCGCGAGAACCGAGCCGGCCUGACCGCCUUGGACCUCCUACUGCUGACGUCGGCAGCGGAACCUGCACGUACGAGCAGUAGUAAAAGUGAAGGCUUGAGAAGCGGCGGAGUCGGCAGCAGCGGCGGUGGUGGCGGUGGCGCCAUUGGGUGCUGGGGUGGGCUGUUUGCGGCUCUGAAGGGCGGUGGUAGCGGCAUGUCACGAGCAGGAGGAAGAGCAGGAGGAGGAGGGGGUAAAGGAGGCGCAGCGGGCAGCAGGUGUGCGCACCUCACUGCCGUACAGCGGCGGAUGGUGGAGGCGGGCGGACUGCACAGCUGCUUGGCCUGCGUGCAGGUGGCCUCCUCCGUGCACGACCCACAUGACGGCAGCCGCAGCUCCCACUGGCUCCCCGUCUGGCUGGUGCUGAUGCCCCGCCGUUGCAACAGCAACAGCAGCAAUGUCGGUGACAGCAGCACCGCCAGCCACCGUCACGCGCUGCUGGGCUCUCGUGCGCCGCUGCUGGCGACAUGCUACGAGCUGCUGUGCUUUGAGACAGCACCCGAGGAGCAGCAGCAGGAGCAGGGAGGAAGCAGGAGAUGUGGUGACAGCGGCGGUGGCGGGGGCGGGGGGCGGCUGUUGUUCCGGGUGCCCCUGGGUGGGUGUGAGGUGGAGCAGCUGCCGCAGCAGCUGCAAGGGCAGCCACACGGCGUUGCGCGCCUGCUCAUUCCCCUCAGCGCCAGCUCCAACUGCGGCGCCAGCCAGCAGGGGCCGUCAGCCGGGGCGUCUGCCGCCCGCACUGCUCCCCCUCAGCUUCCUCUCAGCGCUUCAGCUGUCCCUCCGCAGCGACCCAGCAGCAACCCCAGCCCUGGAGGCUACAUGCAGCUCUGGAGCCGCCAACUGAACGGACCUCUUCCUCCUCCUCUUCCUUCCCCAUCCGUUUCCACUGCUGCUGCCAGUACGACUGCCUCUGCCUCUGCUGCCACUGCCACUACGGCUGCCAUUGCUACUACUGCUGCCGCUGCUGCGACCCACUGGGCGGUUCACCUCCGACCAGUCCAAUUAGGACAGCGGAGUCCCAUCACCUCCACCACAACAACGACAACAACAGCAGCAGCAGGACCUGCUGCUCCACCACCUGCCUCGUCCGCUGCGGCAUUGAGUACGGCAGCUGUGCCCAGUACGGCAGCAGCUGCGGCACUGGAGUCGCUGUUGGCACUGUGCGUCUCACUAGGUGGGGGAGAUGGAGGCGGCGGCAGCCGUGCCGGCGGAGCGGCCCGGGUGGGGGUGGCGACAGCGACGAGCACGAGCCAGCAGCAUCAGCAACCACCACAACAGCAGCAGCAACAGCAACCACCACAACAGCAGCAGCAUCAGCAACCACCACAACAGCAGCAGCAACAGCAACCACCACAGCAGCAGCAACAGCAACAGCGGCGGCGGCGACAGCUGGCAUUACCUCCGCUACAGGAGCAGCAGCCCCACGGGGUGACCGCGGCGAUGUCGGCGGAGGGAGCUGCAGGGGCUGCAGCCGGCAUCGGCAUCGGUAUCAAACCAGCAGCCGACGCAGCAGCUGCAGCAGCUGCUGUUGAGGUUGAAGCGCCGGGUGCGUUGGGUGCUCGGGUGAGCACUAGGAGGUCUGCUGAGGACAGCGUCGCCCGCAGUGUGGGCUGUAGUAGGACCGGGGCGUUGGACGUGCUGCAUGG